GUAUCAAAUAUUUCCAAUAUGGCUGCAUGUUGUUGAUAAUUAGUGCAUAAUAUUAUAACCCAACAAUAAUUUUGUAAUAUUUUAAGAAAAAAAAGACUUGAUUUAUUCAUAAUGAAUAUGUCAAUAGAGAAAAAAAAAUAUCCAUCUGCGUUGCCGACAAAUUGGCCAUCCAGAGAAGAUAUACCACGCAAAAAUCAAAACUCAGUACCUUCAUCAGGAAAAGUUGAUGUUUAUUAUUACAGUCGAAGUGUAAGAAAUGAUGCCUCACUAGUUCCACCAAUAAGACAGACAGCUUCGAUUUUUAAACAACCUGUUACGAUUUACAAAACACAAGAAAAAAAGGUUAAGGAUGUAAAGCAUGGAACUCAGGAUAAACCGAAACAAGAAGGUGUAGAUAAAACUGAUACUAAAUAUGGCUCACAAGAUAAACCUAAACAAAUUCUACCUUUUCAGUUAUUCUGGGAAAAAAGGUUAGAAGGAUUAAGAGCAUGUGAUCCAGAUGGUUUCGAAUUUGAUGCCAUGGACUUACCAAAGAAUUUACGUGCGGUUGGACCUUAUAUUACAGAAGAAACUCUUUUACAGAGUGUUGCAACAGCUCUUCAUAUGUCCUCUCAACCAGUCACAGGCCAAACAGGCUCCAAAACAUCCCUUGAAAAAAAUCCUGGAGUAUUUUUAAAUCCAGAUCAACCGCUUGUACAGGCUGUUACAAUAGCAGAUGAUGAUAUUAAACGUCAAGAAGACAGAGUAGUGAUAGCGAGAAAAAAACUCCAAGAAGCUCUACGAACAGCUUCAUUGUAAUUUUGACUAAUUAUUGACUUUUUUAGAUCUAUUUCUGUUUAUUAUUAAUCAAUGCAUUUUUACUUAUUAUGUAAAUUCAUGUAAGUAUAGUUUAAGUAAUGAAUACUGUUUUUUUAAAUAAA